UUAUUUUAUCACAAGUUCACUUCCUACCAUACUCCAAAGUCACCCUACGCAACACACAUAAUGGAAAGGCAUGGAAGAACAAUAACAUCACUACUGUGCUUCCACAUUGUGGUUCUUCAUUUACUCUUCCUAGUGGGAGAGACUGUUGCCAGGGUGCCGUCGGUCAUAGUCUUUGGCGACUCUUCCGUCGAUGCUGGCAACAACAACUUCAUCCCCACCAUUGCAAGGAGCAAUUUCCAGCCAUAUGGGCGUGACUUUGAAGGUGGAAAAGCCACUGGGAGGUUUUGCAACGGAAAAAUACCAACGGAUUUUAUUUCUGAGUCUUUUGGCCUCAGACCUUAUGUGCCAGCGUAUUUGGAUCCUAAGUAUAAUAUUUCAGAUUUUGCAAAUGGGGUCACUUUUGCUUCUGCAGCAACUGGUUAUGAUAAUGCAACUUCAGAUGUUCUGUCUGUGAUACCAUUAUGGAAGCAAUUAGAGUACUACAAGGGAUACCAAAAGAAUUUGAGUGCCUAUCUUGGUGAAAGCAAGGCAAAAGAGACCAUAACUGAUGCAUUACACCUUACCAGUCUUGGCACAAAUGACUUCCUUGAGAACUACUACACCAUGCCUGGUAGAGCAUCCCAAUACACACCCCAACAGUACCAAAUUUUUCUUGCUGGAAUAGCUGAGAACUUCAUAAGGAGCCUCUAUGAACUUGGUGCUAGGAAGAUAUCCUUAGGAGGGUUACCUCCCAUGGGAUGCUUGCCACUGGAAAGAACCACAAAUAUUGCUGGUGGGAAUGAUUGUGUUGCCAGAUUCAAUAACAUAGCAUUGGAGUUCAAUGAUAGGCUGAAGAAUUUGACCGUUAAGCUCAACCAAGAGCUUCCUGGAAUUAAAUUGGUGUUUUCAAAUCCGUAUUACAUUAUGUUGAACAUCAUAAGAAAGCCUGAACUUUACGGAUUUGAGUCAACCUCAGUGGCAUGUUGUGCCACUGGAAUGUUCGAGAUGGGUUACGCAUGCAGCAGGGGCCAGAUGUUCAGCUGCACAGAUGCUUCCAAAUAUGUGUUUUGGGACUCUUUCCAUCCAACUGAGAAGACAAACAGUAUUGUUGCAAAGUACAUGGUGCUGCGUGUUUUAUAUCAAUUUUUACAAUAAAUAACUUCUACUGGAAUUUUAUUUAAGUACUGCUACCUCUUCAUGUUUGCACAUUCGCCAUAAACUUCCAUUUGGCCUUUCUAUGAGUGACUGCAUGUCGAUGUGUACAUAUAGAAGUAUGUCAACACAGCACAUUCACCAUAUAAUGUGCUGAUAAUUAGAAAUAAGUCCUUUUGUUUUCGACAAUAUAUAGGAUUUAUACUUAUCAGGUACUUUACUUCGGCGUCCCCUAUGUAUGUUUUCCUUCACAUAUAUAUCUUGGCCCUAUUAUGUUAUUGGGUCUAUAGUUUGUAAUAUGAAUUUACAAUACAUGGUUUGGAAAAUGUUAAUCCUCCCAAGUAGAGAAUUUCCUGUUA